GGGGUGGCCUUCGGUCACCUCCACACCAAGACCAACAAGUCCCCCAAGUGGACCGAUGACACGAGCCCGAGUCAAAGCUCUACAUGAUGAGGUGAACUCGCUCCUCACCACCCUUGAUCUUGGUACCCCUUUGGAUGGAUUGCUACCUCAUGCCGACGUGCUAUGUGUCAUUAGGUACAAGGCGCAUCAAGACCCCGGAGAGGAGGAGACGGCAAGGUCAAGGGAAGGAGAGAAGCAGCUGGACAUGGAGAUGAUCAUGAAGCCGAAGCCGACGUCGCUCGAAGCACCCCAAGGAAGAGACGGACGCUGGCCGGUCCAGGACCCGGUCAGACCGGACCCACAACCGGACGCCCCGGUCACAGGCCCGGUCAACCGGGCGCAAACCGGCUCAGCUCCCUCGUACCGGACGACGACCGGAAACUUCGCAGAUUCCCGGUUUGCGCCCGGUCAACCGGACCCACGACCGGACAGCCCGGUCACAGGCCCGGUCAGACCGGACCCAAACCGGAUCUGACGGGAGUGACCCACCAAACUGCCUUAAAUUAUUCUUUCGCGUACCUGUUCGCCCUUGCUGGCCAUGUGUGCCUAUAUAAGUAGCCUGGACCCCUCCUUUACCCCUUAGACUU